CCUCCCAGUGCCAGCAUGCUCCUGGCCCUCCCUCCCGGCCGGCCUGCCCCCCUGGCCCUGGGCCAAGCAGCCUCCUCCUCCAUCACCUGCCCGGGAUCAGCUGCCGCCUCCUCCUCUGCUGGCCAGAGCUUCCCUCCGGGGCCUGAAACACAACCCCGCAGCAGCUCCCGGCCGUCGAGGGACAUGCAGGAGCCCCGAGCAGACGAGGCGGCCCCCAGGCCCUCCGACUUUGCCGCCUUUGCCGGCAGCUGCACCCUGCACGGCCUGGCCCACGUCUUCCUGCCGGGCCCCUUCACCCCCCGGCGGGCGGCCUGGGCGGGCGCCGUCCUGCUGGCGCUGGGCAUCUUCCUGUACCAGGUGGGCGAGCGGGUGCAGUACUACAAGGAGUACCACCACGUCACCAUGCUGGACGAGGAGGCCGGACGCCUGAUCCUCUUCCCGGCCGUCACCCUCUGCAACUUCAACCGCGUCCGCCGCUCCCGCCUGACCCGCAACGACCUGCACUGGGUGGGCCAGGAGCUGCUGGGGGUGGAGGCCCCCACCUUCCCCGAGUACCUGAGGGCCCUGGGGAGGGCGGACGAGGGGGGGCUCAGCUUCUACCCCACCCCCCGCUUCGACAUGAAGGAGUUUGUGGAGCGCACGGCCCACAGCCUGGAGGAGAUGCUGCUGGACUGCCGCUUCGGGACCCGGGAGUGCGGGCCCCACAACUUCACCGCCAUCUUCACCCGGUUGGGAAAGUGCUACACCUUCAACUCGGGGGCUCCCGGCCACGAACUCCUCACGACGGUCAAGGGCGGAACGGGCAAUGGUCUGGAACUGAUGCUGAACAUCCAGCAGGAUGAGUACCUGCCUGUCUGGGGAGAAACGGAUGAGACCUCCUACGAAGCUGGGGUGAAGGUGCAGAUCCACAGCCAGAACGAGCCCCCUUCCAUCGACCAGCUGGGCUUUGGCGUGGCUCCCGGCUUCCAGACCUUCGUCUCGUGCCAGCAGCAAAGGCUCUUCUACCUCCCCCCGCCGUGGGGUGACUGCAAAUCAAACCCCGUGGAGUCGGCCUUCUUUGCCAACUACAGCAUGGCCGCCUGCCGCAUCGACUGCGAGACGCGCUACCUGGCCGAGAACUGCAAUUGCCGCAUGGUGCACAUGCCAGGGAACGCCAACCUCUGCACCCCGGAGCAGUACAAGGAGUGUGCCGACCCCGCCCUGGACUUCCUGGUGGAGAAGGACAACGAGUUCUGCUCCUGCCAGACCCCCUGCGAGACGGUGCGCUACGGCAAGGAGCUCUCCGUGGUCAAGAUCCCCAGCAAGGCCUCCGCCAAGUACCUGGCCAAGAAGUACAACCGCAGCGAGCAGUACAUCGCGGAGAAUCUUCUGGUGCUGGACAUCUUCUUCGAAGCGCUGAACUAUGAGACCAUUGAGCAGAAGAAGGCCUACGAAGUGGCUGGGCUGCUGGGGGACAUUGGGGGCCAGAUGGGCCUCUUCAUUGGCGCCAGCCUCCUCACCAUCCUGGAGAUCUUCGACUACCUGUAUGAGGUGUUGCGGGACAAACUUCUCAGCUACUACCAGGCGAGGAAGCAGGCGGAUCACAGCAACAGCGACAACCUGGAGCACACGGACCUCCCCCGCAGCCCAGGCACCCAGCUGCCUCCUCGCCCUCUCAGAGCACCUGCCACACGCUGUGCAGUCACUCGGACAGUGUUGGAUACACCCCGAACAUGCUACCUCGUCACCCGACUCUAGGCAACUUUGAGGAAUUCGCCUGCUGAAGGAAGGGGACCCCCCCCCAAAGAAACCUGCGCCUCCUUCGCUCUCCUCUGCUCCCUGCGAAAUGGACCAGGCGCCUCCUCCUGCAGGACCCAGCGCAGGGUGGGGAGUGGGGCAGCCUGGCAUUUUCCGGUGGGGGGGCGCCCCCGACAACGCACACGCCUUUUCCUCCUCCUCCCUUUCUGCACAGAGGAGACCAAGAGGACGGCAGCCAGAGGGAACCUGCUCUCCCCCCCCCACCCCAAAUAGAAGGGCUUGACCCAGGCGGGUGGGGUGGGGGGGCUCUUCCGGCCUGGGACUGGGGGGGUGAAAUGAUGCGAAGCAGCAUUAAAAGAAUCCCGGACGCUC